ACAAAGUAGUGAAAACAGCCAUUUGUUCUCACUCGUGACGGUUAGCACCAGCUCAGCUAACAGCUAGCACUGCUCCAGGACCUGAUUCGGUGGCGCCUUUACUCCUGACAUUACGGUUAUUACGUAUCGACAUGCGCCGCUGUCGCAGCAGCGCAGAAUGGUAAUUAACAACUGUCUUAUAUUUUGAUGGAGAUCACGGAUACUGGAUUCGUUUCGUCGUUUUAUUCCUGCUGCCGAGGGCCGUAUGAAAAUCUGGGGCAGCGGUGCCACCAACCAGCAAAAUAUGCAAUCACGUAUUCGUUGCAUUUCCAGACGAAUAGGCUGCAUUGUUAGCAUUGGGGUAGCUAUGUAGGUAAUGUUAGCUGGGACGCUUGGACAGAAAUAGCCAGCCCUCAAGGAAACGGCGGUCUGCUCCGGUGUUUGGACCUGCUUUGUGUACAGUAAUUGGCUAGUUUGCAGUUUCUCUGGAAUGCAUCUCUCCAAGAAAUGUUCCGCCUUCAAAGUGGUGCUGAGUGCUCUGCUGAUAGUGGCGCUCCUGCAGCUCAUAUACCUGUCCUUCUUAUCCAAGUUUCACGGUAAGCAGCAGCGGUACCGAUACUCGGAGCUCUUUGGAGGCUCUGGGGCAAAGAAAAAUGGGCACCCCGAGAAAAACUCGCGGAAGGAGCGUUUGAGGUACUCGCUGUCUACUGGUGGGAUCUUUGACAACAGUGGUCAGUACCGGGUGUACAAGAACUUGAUCAAAAGCGAUUUCACCACAAAUCACAAACCAGGAUCUGACCCCAGUUCCAAUGUCCUGGCUUUAGCUACACACACAACCAUCAACAACCUGUAUCACCUGGAAUCUCUUCUGGAAAGGUGGCACAACCCUCUCUCUGUGGCCAUAUUUGCACAUGGGCAAGAUGUCAAGUUUGCCACAGCUCUGGUCUAUGCACUCAGCUUCUUCUGCCCUCAGAUUCAAGCCCUGGUGGACUUCCACUUGGUCUGCCUCUCAGGAGAGAUGGCCAGUUUCCCUGAACAGGACCGUGAACAUUUUGCAGGGCUUGAGGACUGUCCCUCCGUGUUCUCCAGACUGGAGACCCACAGGGAUACAUACAAGAACUAUGCCAUCAAUGGAAACAUCUCCUACCCAAACAACCUUCUUCGUAAUGUGGCCCGAGGUGGCACAGAGUCCUCCUACAUCCUGGUCAUUGACAUCGACAUGAUGCCAAGCGCUGACCUGCACCAGCAGUUCCUGGCCAUGAUCAUGAAGCAUGAGGCAGCGGGUGAUGAGGUAUUUGUCUUACCUGCCUUUGAGAUCCGCCAUGCCAGGAAGAUGCCUGCCACUAAGGCAGAGUUGGUUCAGCUCUACCAGGUAGGUGAGGUCCGGCCAUUUUAUGAAGAGCUGUGUCCUCGCUGCCAAGCCCCCACCAACUACUCACAGUGGGUUAACAGCCACGUCAGAGAGACAGGCACCCUGGAAGUUGCCUACACUCUCACCUGGGUGGACCCCUGGGAGCCUUUCUACAUUGGGCCCCGCACUGUGCCCCUCUAUGAUGAGAACUUCAAGCAAUAUGGCUUCAAUCGAAUCAGCCAGACCUGCGAGCUCCAUGUGGCCGGAUACAGGUUCUCUGUGCUGAGCUCAGCCUUCGUGGUGCACCGAGGCUUCAAGAUCCAGGGGGAGUUCCACGCCAGGAAGGACGAGGAGAACAAACGCAACCGGGUUCUGUUUCGCAGCUUCAAAGAGGGCCUGAAAACCAAAUACCCAUCCUCCAACCGACGAUGCUGAAACAAGAAGAGGACUGUACAUCCUGUCUCUAUCAGUCUCUAAUGAAAUCAGUCUUCUGCUGAAGUGAUGGACGUACAUUUUUUUUUUUUUUUUUAAAUUUUAACCAGAUUUAGCUUCCAGUCAGGCUCUCCCUGCCCAAAUCGUCCUAGUUUUCUUGUGAUGAUGGCACAGUAGGAGUUUAAUCUAAUCCAACUUCCUCUUGGGUUUAUUUCAAGACCCUCUGAAAAUGAGCAGCAGGGAAAUGUUCUCUGGGGAUUUCUGAGAGCGUCUUGCUAGUUGGGACUGAAAGGAAGAAAUGAUCAUUCAAGACCGGAAAGCUGGCUAGCGGCUCAUGAGAUUACUGUUGUUUUGUUUUUUUAAUCAAAUGCAAAUCUAAAAUCUAGAUGGCAUUUGAGCGACGUUAAUGUUAAAGCAUAUGAAGUACAUUUUCUAUUUUUAAAACAUUUCUGAGCUUGUCCAGAUACAAAAAUAGAAUGUGACUACAAGAGAGCGUCUCAGAGAGAUAUCCUAAGAAACAAGAGUCCUAAUCUCACUGUAUGUAACAUGAAGUUUAAGGCUCUACAUUUCAUGACAGCAGAUCAAAGAUUGCCGUGUCCCUCAAAGUCCAACUGAAAUCACAUUUAGUCAUCCCUUUUAGAAGUAGAAAGUAAUGCCAAAUUUAUAGUUGAUAGUUUUUUUUAUUAUCAAAAGGAAGAAAAAAGGGUCUUUCUAUCACAAAGUAAAAACUGUGACGUUACGGCUUUAUGCAAAUACAGUUUAAAAUGAAACAAUAUGAUUUGGCUGUAUGAAAACAAGUUGUCCGUCUAUGUAGAUCGAGAACUAACAGCCUUCUGACUGGCUACUGGAAAGAUACGGGACAAAAUCAUGAAACCAAAAAAUAUGAAAAAACGUUAAUUUUUUUUCUCAAAGGAGAACACAGGACACAUGAUUUACAGGGUAGACAUGUUUGCUGUAGCAGAAAGAACAUGCGAUUUAGUUUCAGUUGCUCACUUAAAUUCUGGCAGGGGGUCCACAAAAGUCCAGCCUGGUUCCAGACAUUUUUGUCAGAUAUUUUCAGCUAUUCAAUAACAAUAAUGAAGUGAAACAAAACGGCAAUUCAGUCUGAUUAUCAGGUUAACUGAAAACCCAGUUUUUCACAAAUGUGUAACUUUUCAGUUCUUUUGAAUGUUGUGCCAAUCAAUGAUCCGACCACCAGAUGGCAGCAGGCACUUAGUGUGAAGUGCAGUGUUGCAGUAUAUAUUUUAGCCUGAAGUGAGUGUUAGAAACACUACAGCAGAACACAGGGAUUACACAACACCAGUGUUGUUUGGUGCUCAGGGGGAUGUCUGCGCACAGCACGUCAGAAAUUUCUAGUACCCUGCGAGUGCUCGUUCUUGCCACAAACUGUCUGAAGAGAUUACUCACAAGUCAUAGGAUAACAACGCACUUGGAAACUUUACAUAGAACAUUGUAUGACACUAUAAGUUCACCAAGACUGUGGAAAACUGCUGUAUUAUAACACUGAGGAUUACCAGGAACACUGGUAAUCGUUAGAUUAUCUGGAGUUGGGGAAGUAGAGUAUAUGAUGGGGUCAGUGGGCUACAGGUAGAAAUGUAGCAUCGUUAGUGGGUAGAGAGAGAAAAAUAAUCAAAAUGUAAACCACAAACAAAAGCAGCCUGUGUUGUCAAAAAUACUACUGUGGAAAUGUUUCUCAACACCACUAGAAAAUUAUUGAUCUUACACAUAUUCUGUAACCUACUGGUACAGACAGUAUUAAACCUUGACUACCACUCUUCUCAUGUCUGUUUAGUAUAAAUGCAUAUAAACAGCAUAUGUGCUGCAAAGUAUGCAUAUAUUGUGUUACGUUGUUAUGUAAUUGUUGAUUUCAGAGCAAUUUAAAUAUUUUUUCCUUCUUCACUUUUAGUGUUAAUGAUAUAUUUAUUGUGAAAAUGUUUUCCUUUAACUGGAAAUUUUUUUCUUUUUUUUUUUUGACGACCCCAAGCAGGAAAACUGUAGCACGAAAUUGUGAAAUGUUUGGUAUGGAACAUUUUUGUUUUAGAACCACUAUAAAGAUCACUUUUAUUCUGUAUUUUUGGAGUGAAAUCAGUUUCAACAAAUGACCUUGUGUGGUGAUGUGGUGUGGUGCUUUAUUUCUCCUGUGUCUCUUCCUUACUUGAAAAUGUUUUUUUUUGUUUUUGUUUUUUGUUUUUGUGUUCGCAAAAUAUAAUGCCUGAUUUGUAUUGUUGGAAUUUCUAUUAAACCAACUGGGUGACUUUUAUUUGACCAA